AGAUGCAAAAAGUGGCACCUGAAUUCAAAAUGAGAAGCACUUUCCAUGAUCCACAAAUAUUUUCAUACACAAACUCUCUGAUAUAAUGGUUUAGUUUUAUAAGGCAUUGUAACUAGCAUUUAUUUUUUUAUUGCCUAUAGGCAUGCAUCAUAAGGUGUACAUUUAGGUAGAAACGUCCCCUGUUUGACUAUGCAGCACAAUGUAUCCAAAUUCAUCAUAUUAUUAUUGUUGUUAUUAAUUUAUUGAGGUAAAGUGGGGUAUUAUUUAAAAUUAUUCUUUUGUGUAAAAAAAGUCUUUGUUCUGACUAUAAUUAACAAAUAUAAAUUUGCAUUUGAUGCAGACUUGAAAAAAUUACUUUUAGCCUUACUGUAAAUAAAAAUCAUGACCAAGAAGGUUAAUUGGCAGCUAUAAGUCAUUUGUUGAGAAUGAAUACUGGUAUGGAUUAUAAAGGCUCAGCGGUGUGUACAUAAACCAAUCACAAAGCAAGAGGUUUUCGAACGAGAGGCUCUGGCGCGUGAAUGUGGGUCAUUCCGCGCGCUCAGCACCGGGAACGGACGCAGUUUACAAUUUGACAAAAUGGGAUAGAGAUCACUACAAGGCAAAAACCUCAUGGACGCCUAAUGAAGUUUUUUUGUCAGAACAGCUGAAGAUAUUAUAUGUUCAAUGUAAAGAAAUGUACCUAAGGAUGGAGAAUAGUACAAACCACACAGAGGACCGUGCGCACGGAGCGCAGGAUAGUGAGGAUGGAGACGCACAGAACAGUGUGCGCGCUCUGCUGGGGUUCGUGCUCUUUCUCCUGAUCAUCUCCACGCUCCUCGGGAACACGCUGGUGUGCGCCGCCGUGGUCAAAUUCAGGCACCUGCGCUCCAAAGUGACCAACUUUUUUGUCAUUUCUCUGGCAGUGUCUGACCUCUUCGUGGCGGUACUGGUGAUGCCGUGGGAGGCGAUAUCCGCGGUUACGGGCACGUGGCUCUUCGGCCGGUUUUGCGGCAUCUGGAUCGCCUUUGACAUAAUGUGCUCCACCGCGUCCAUCCUCAACCUGUGCAUCAUCAGCGUGGACCGCUACUGGGCAAUCGCGAGCCCUUUCCGCUACGAGCGCAAGAUGACCCACCGGGUGGCUUUCAUGAUGAUUGGGGUGGCGUGGACCCUGUCCAUUCUCAUCUCCUUCAUCCCGGUUCAGCUCAACUGGCACAUGGCAGAGGACGGGGAGGAAGGCGCAGUGGGUAACGGCACCAACUAUUCCGACAACUGCAAAGCCAACCUGAACCGGACGUACGCCAUAUCUUCUUCACUGAUAAGUUUCUACAUUCCUGUUAUUAUCAUGAUCGCCACAUACACGAGGAUAUUUCGUAUUGCGCAAACACAGAUCCGCAGGAUCUCCUCUUUGGAGAGGGCAGUGGAGCAGGCGCAAAACCACCACCAGUCCAACGACUGCUCUAACGAGAACUCCCUUAAAACCACAUUCAAGAAAGAGACCAAAGUUUUAAAAACUCUUUCCAUCAUCAUGGGAGUCUUUGUGUUUUGUUGGCUGCCGUUUUUCGUGAUCAACUGCAUGGUACCCUUCUGUCAGUGCGUAAGCGACACUACUUUCACUAUUUUUGUUUGGUUCGGAUGGGCCAAUUCCUCUCUAAACCCCGUCAUUUACGCAUUCAACGCGGACUUCAGAAAGGCCUUUUCGUCUAUUUUGGGUUGCAAUAAGAUUUUCCCCAGCGCCGCAGUGGAGACAGUGAAUUUUAGCAAUGAGCUGGUGUCUUAUCACCACGACACAACGCUACAAAAAGAAGCGCAGCCGCUGGUAGUGCAGCUGCCGCACGCAGUUUCAAACUCUCGGGAGGAACCGAGCCUCCCGUUCGAUAAGGAUUCUGUUACCUCCAACAUGUCCCGAAACCAUAAAAACUUGCUGUUGCCUAACAUCCCGCAGUUCGAGUGCGACGGGGAGAUUUCCCUGGACACUAUUACACCGUUUACCUCCACCGGACUCAUGGAGUGCGAGGGACUCCCUGGUCAAAUCAUAAACGAAUGACAUUCAACAGACUGAUCAGAGGAUUUAUUCACUCUGCGAUGGAUGCUGGUGGAAUGAUGAUUGUUAAUGAUCAAUGAUCAGGCCAUGCAGCUUUAGAUCACCUAUUUAUUGAUGUAAAACAUUCACCUUAUUUUUUAGUCAACAUAUUCAGGUUAAGAUUACGAAAUCAGGGUACCACAGCAUAACAAAAGCUUUUGGAUUCUGCAUAAAUAUAUAUGUUUUGAUCACUUGCAGCCAG